AUGGUGUCACUCGUUAUCACCAAAUGUUUGAUUACUGUAACGAUAAUUACAAUAUUAUCAGUUGCUGAAACGAAUGCACAAGCGUCUGUUCGAACCAGUGGAUCGUUCAAUCGCAAUUUCGCAGGCCGCAGCUCACUGAACAACAAUGCUAACGCAAUUCGUGGAGGUGAUCAAAGAAGAAAUCAACGUAAUCGACCUACUCAAGCUGCUUUGCGCCCCGGGCUACAAGGACUUGGAACUUUUUUUGGUUUCUUUCGAGGGAGUGGUAGAGGCUUCCCGUUUUUUUCUCCAUUUGGUUUUCAUUAUCCACGUCGCUUUUUUCCACGUCGCUUUUUUUCUGGGUAA